AUGGAUGCCCAGCUUUCAGCCGAUGCCUCCAAGCUCAAGGCGAAGGAGAAGAAGGAAUGGUUCUGUUGGUGGCACGCGAAGGCUGUUUGUCAAGGUUUUGGGCUGCGCCAGAACAUCCUGACGCUUCUGAUUGCGGUUGCUUCGCUGGCCGAAAUCAUUCACAUGGAGCACAUCAGGGGAUGGAAGACUAACGACUCCUCAAACAGCCUGCUCCACCUCCGUGGCAACCUCCGCUUUCGGGCCUUCCUGGUCUUCCGAGUGGCAUGCUUCAUGAUCUGUCUCGGCUGGUCAUUGGUGGCCAGGUGGACCAAGUGGCUCGAAGAAGGUGAACCGGAUGGGGAAGAUGAGGAUGACGCGCGCACUCGGCGCAAGAACGCCUUGCACGCAAAAGCCUGGACGGUGCAGUUAGCUCUGAUUUGCACCAAGGUUGUGCUGAGUGUCCUCGUGUGGCUCUCCUACAACGUCCUGGUGUUACACCGCAUGAAGGUUCCCUACCAGAAGCUUGGUCCCUUGGAGUACCUGAACCAGCAGUUCUCGCUGGUGUUUAUGGUGGCCUUCUUCAUCAUCAUGAACAUCCACCCGCUGACCUUCCACAACUCGCUGAUCUUCUUACCAGUGGCUGGCAUCUUCAUGCUGUUCAGGGAUUGCACUCCCUUGUACGUCUCCGGCGUUGGCAGAGUUGUUUUCAUGUGCACUGCCGUGCUAACCUCUAUCCUGGCCUACUUGGGAGAGCAGUCGAGUCGAGCUCUCUUCAAGUCCAAGAAGAAGGUCAAGGACAGCGCAAAGAGGAUUGAGGGCAUCCUCCAAACGCUGAUGCCCGCGGAAGUGUUAGAGACGCUCCACAAACUGGGACCAGGCAACACGCCAUCCCAUCACUACAACCAG